AUACGAUAUUCGAUAUUCGUUCGCAGAAAGCAACAUGGCGGCCAUGCGUACGCUAAUGCAAAGUAAUACGCAUAUUUACGCGGAAUCACGGCCGGUCCCCAGAUCGUUCAAUUCACUUUAAUUUAUUUAAUUAUCAGCCGUUAAAACUGUCAUCUCUGCUCAAUUAAAAGUAUUCCAUCAAUUCGAGACAACGAGAAUCAAACAACAAAGACAAACCUAACAGUAGUUUUUUGAGGUUAUUUCGGUUUUUCGAUUUUCAAUAGGUACAGCGGGUGGCACAGGUAGUGAUUGUUUAAUAGUAGUUUAAUAAUGUGAUAAUUUGAUAUCCUUAUCAACGUCAUAAUAUUAUCAAUGAAUAAUUAUUAAAAGUUUCACGCACAUGUCAGGAAGCGUUUCUUCGUUUGACUUCGGGUACUUGUUGCCGCUAGCCCGGCGUCAGCGGUUAGGGCCCGUGAUAAUUUUACCGAUUUUCCUUUUCAUCUCUCUUUUGAUUUAGCUCGGAAAGAUGAGUAAAGACUCAUCCAAAACUAGUGAAACCACCAGAAGCAAUCAAUCUAUAUCGGACCAGGAGAAAGAUUGGGCUCAGUCAGCUCUAGCUGAGUUCAACCGGAACAAUUUUCAAGCUAGUUAUCAGUUUUUCAAGCAAUUAGAAGCUUCGCGACCCAAUGACUUCAAGGUUGUCCAUAACAAGGCGGUCGUUGAAUAUUUUAAAAGUGAUCUGAAGAAGACUGAUCAGUUCAAGAAGAACCUUUUGUCUGCGUUCAAUCAGUUUCGUAUCAGCAUCGAUGAUUUAGAAACCCUAGAGGAUGUCGAACAUUGCAUAAUAUACUACAACUAUGCUCUACUUUUAUAUCAUAUGCAACAGCAUCAAGCUGCAUUACGGCUCAUCAACAAAGUGUUCUCUUUUAUAGAGCCAAUGGAGGAAAGUCUCGCACACCGAGUUUGCCUUCUCUCAGUGGAGUUACAUUUACGGACUAAUCAGUUAGAAAAAGCAUUAUCACUAAUUUCCUACAUUGAAACUCAGUUUGUUUCAACAGAAAACGCUAUGAAAAUGAUCAGAGAGAAAAGGAUAAAACCUCUUGAUCAAGCUAAACCAAUGGUGUUGGAUGCAGCAACAGAUGCCCUUAGAUUGAAACUACUGCAAUUCAGGGCAAGAUUUUAUCUGAAGACUGGUCUCGUCAAGAAUUGUCGAAAAGACUUAAAAAGUUUGUAUGCAGGGGAAAAACAGCAUAUCACCACACCAGUUUUCCUCCUCGCAAAUGCUGAAUAUGUCAGUGGGAAUUUCAGGAAAGCUGUGAUGAUCUUGAAUACCGGUAUACCGGUCAAUAGUGUUCCAAUCCAAGAAAGUGGAGAAUCACUGUCGACGAUGGUGUACAAUAACUUGGGUUGUGUGUAUUAUUGCAUAGGUAAACCAAACCUAGCCAGUACAUAUUUUCACAAAGCACUGCUGGAAAAUAAUAAAGGACUGAAAACAUUUGCAACUCCCGAUGCAGCGGAGCCUCUGUCAGGGAGAGCUCUUCAUACUUUAGGUUUCAACAAAGCAUCUCAAGUACUAUACAAUUUGGGCGUGAGUUUGCUGCAUGCAGGCAAACCUAUUCCAGCAUUCGACUGCUUGACAGAAGCUGUGCAAGUUUAUCAUAUGAAUCCUGUUCUAUGGUUGAGACUUGCUGAAGCCUGCAUAAUGGCAUAUAAAUCGGAUAACAGGAAAGACUUUGACUUGGCUGUGAAACGAAAUGAAAUCGUUAGUAAAAUAGUCGGGAGCGGCGCUCAUCGGAAAAUUGUUCUCAACACUCAAAUAUUUACAGAUAUUAAGUACAGCUCAGAAGCACAAUCUUAUGCAAUUCCAGUUGCUGGUUUAGAAUUCGGAUCCUUAUGUUUAAAAAAUGCGCUAUUUCUAACGAGGAAUGGCGGAGAUGCACCUAACAUAGUACAUUUAAGAUGCCAUAUUUUAGCUGCAAGCGCGUAUGUUUGUCUAUGUUCAGGAGAUUCCAUCCUCGCUCUAAAUCAUGCCAACUCAUUGCUCUGUCAGAACUCCCUGUCUGGUGCGCACAAGUUCCUCGGUCAUUUGUAUGCCGCUGAAGCGUUGAUAAUUUUAGGCCAAUUACCAGAAGCCAUGGAUCAUUUAAAAUUAGAUUACUUGAAUGAUUUAAGUUUACCCUCUCCUCCCCAAAAGUAUGAAGUCCCACUGAAACCUCCGAUAUCCUGGUUCCCUAAUAAUCUUACUGCGGCCAAAAAUAUUCUUCAAUACAAUUUAGCUGUUGCUCUAGUAAUUAAAGGGGAAUUAGAAAAAUCUGCAGAAGUGUUGAAAUCGAUCUGGGUGACAAAAUCAGAGCAGUCAGAAAUUCCUGUACAAGUGAUUGCGUUAGCUUUGUAUGUUGAAUUAAUGUUAGGGCAUGCAGAUAUUGCUCGUGCUAUAGUGAAACAAAGCUGUAAUCAGUUCCGAUAGAAUUUAUUAUUCCUGUAAGUUGGAGCAUCGCACCAUGACAUCAGCAUGAGGAUUACUUUUCUUCAGUUUGCCCGCUUCAGUAUAUGAAGAACAUGAUAAAAGUAGCGAAAAGUUUGAAUGCCCUGUUUAAAUCUCAGUCAGUGGAGCUGAUUUUUAAAGUCAGGAUUUUUAAAUAUCAACUUUAUAGUCCGUUUCAGGAGACCUGAGACUUUUUAUUUGGCAUUAAAAUCCUUAAUUGGCAACGCAUCAGUCCCAAACGUUGUGUUCUGACCGCUUGCCGACCACCCUCUUUUGUUCAGCGAUGAGAGGCCGGCAACCCGUCCAUUGUGAGGGUAGGAACAAUGGGCAUCCUUCAUCCCUCCUUAAUGAGCCCAAGUACCCGGACCCAAUUUUCUUUCUCGUUGAAAAAUUCAACUAUUAGCGUGGAAAUUCAGGUCCAGCAGAAAAUUUUGAUGAAAACGGACUAAAAUUCCAUCCGAUUAUCUUAAUUUUUACCCGAUAUACGGCAUUUAUGGUUGGCCGCGAUUUGGUUCGAUAAAAUUAAAUAAUUUUAAAAAAUUGUUUCAUACCGUUGUAGGUACAUGCGAUUCUGCAGUAAUAACAUAAGAAUCUUUCACUAUAAAAGGGAGAAUUACACAAAUUUUAAGGCGUAUUUUCCAAACUUCCCUUUACACUUUCUAUUCCAGGCUUAGGACUAACAGCGUGCACAACACCGGCGUGUUUAAAAGUUUGGUCGUAAGGUGACUGUUCCCACAGGCCUGUCAGAAAUAGUAAAAAUAAAAGAGAAGAAAAAAUAAAAAAAGUCAACAUUGAUAUUAUAACACUCUUCUGGUCCUGCUUUUCAGCUUCAGAGAGAAUGUCUAUAAAGGAAUGAGUUGGAAUGAGUUCAAUGAAUGACGAGCAGUUGAAGUAAUACCGUUGUAUUAAUGAAAAUGACACAAAGAAAAAAGCUCGACAAAACGAGUGAACAAAUCUAGCAACAGGCGACGCCAUGAAAAGGAUCACACAUAACCAAAAGAUACAAGGAGCCAAUCGGAGGGCAGUGGCAGUGAGCCAAUCGGAGGGCUUGUGGGAUUGCCACAUCUCACACACCCCCCCAAUCCUACAAGGGCGGAUUGUCUUACAGACUAACAAAUCUCAGUAAUUAACCAAUGAUUUUUAGGACGGAGUUAUCACCUAGGGUGAUUUGUUCGUCACUUACUUCGACAUAGUUACUCAAAAAUUCUUUACGAGAGGUCAUAUGGAAUGAGGCACCACUGUCCAACACCCAUCCAUUUGACUCGAAGUCACUACCACAAUCAGUACAGAAAGCACUUUUCUUACCUUUAUUUUGAUUAGUGUCAGACUUAUCUUCUUUAUCAUGGUUGCUCUUUUGGGUAGGAGUAUUCGAACUAUUGCCUUUUCCUGCUUUACAAUAACGGGCUGUGUGCCCCGGUAAGUUGCAAUUGUAACAAAUGUGUUGCGAUCCUUUACUGUCGAUUACGAUUACGAGAAGUCCUCUUCUCCGUAGUGAGUGCAGAAUCAAAUUUAUCGCACAAAGAGAGAUUAGCCUCUUCAUCCAAAAGACGAGAUGUUAGAUUGAUUACAGUUUGCCGUUCAGAAUCCAUGGAUAAUCAUGCUUGGCGAAAAUUUUGGUACUUUGACGGAAGUGUGCCAAUGAUUUUAGUGAUUAUUGCUACAUCACUAAGAGAUUCACGAGUUUCUCUAAUCUCUUUUCCUAAAUUCUCAACAGACAUGAUGUAAUCAAGAAUUGAUUCAUCUUUUCCCAUCUUUAAUUGAUGAAACUUAUCUAACAACGUCAUUUUUGAGAAUUCAGACUUCUGCUUGUAGAUACUAUCCAAUCUAUCUAGUGCUUGUUUUGCAUACUCACAAUUUUCAAUAAUUCGCACCUGACCAUAAUCUAACGCUGAGGAGAUCACACACAUUGCCAAUGCAUCCUUCUCUAGAAACUUCCGAACACCUUCCUUAUCAUCGUCACCAGGUUUUUGAAGUUCUCCAUUAACAUACCCGAGGAGCCCCUUGGCCUGAAGCACAUGCUUCAAUUGGAAUCUCCAUUGAGGAUAAUUCUUUCCAUUGAAUUUGCUAAUGGUUGCAGUUAGAUCAUUGGUACACUUGCUAGCCAUUACGUUGCAGUUUCAGAUCGGUUGCACACACGAACGAUUGACAUGCACAAGUUUCACCCUCAGUCACAUGUGCUAAUAUCCCACGAGGAAAUAUUCCACAACACGGAGUCAAGGCACAAAAACAAGAUAGCCAUGUCAACACGAACGAGAGUCCCGAAUAUUUUUCACGUUUCCAACAUCAGUUCAUUUUCAGCGCCGAAACCUGUGCGGCCACGUGAACACGCGAGUCGCGAAUUUUUAGUCUUCACGAACCACAACAGUUAGGGAUGCAGGCCCAUAACCUAUGAAGGAAUGAGUUGGAAUGAGUUCAAUGAAUGACGAGCAUUUGAAGUAAUACCGUUGUAUUAAUGAAAAUGACACAAAGAAAAAAGCUCGACAAAACGAGUGAACAAAUCUAGCAACAGGCGACGCCAUGAAAAGGAUCACACAUAACCAAAAUAUACAAGGAGCCAAUCGGAGGGCAGUGGCAGUGAGCUAAUCGGAGGGCUUGUGGGAUUGCCACAUCUCACAAUGCCUGAUUGCAUAAGAAAGCCUUGAAAACUUAGAAGUCAUCAAUAACGUAGGAGAAUUUCUUCAAAAUUGAUCGUCUUCAAUAUCAGUAUCAGAUUCAUCAUCAUCAGAAUCCGAGGAAUCGUCAUCAGAACCGUCUAAUUGAAUGACAAUCUGUAACUGCUCCAUGUGCAGAGCCCGCCUACCACUUUUCUCAUAAUCUUUCUUCUGCUCCUUUAUCGCAUGUUCUACAACAUUUUUCCAAUCUUCAAUAGAAACCCGAUCAACUGUGGAAUCUAAAAGUUUCUCAACUUCAUCCAGUUUGAAGGUGCUGUGAACUUCUCUCUUAAUCUGAAAAUUUUUAAUAAGUAAAAUGAGAAAAUGAAGGAAAAAUUCAGCGGAUAUUUGGAGAAUAUCGUAAAGCAAUUGAAUGAAGUUAUUGAUGUAAUGAACAGUAACCGGAAAAUAUAUUGUAACUACUGAAAAAAAUAAAAUAACAAUUAAAAAAAAACCUUUCUUAAGAAUUUGAAGACUAAAAGAAUAUUGGAGAAAAUUUGAGGAUCUCACUUGAGCCCAUAUCAGCUCUAUGGGGUUGCACUGGCAAUGAUAAGGUGGCAACCUUAUUACCUAGUGACCCAUCUUAAUGGCCAGUUGAUCCAACUCGUACAACACAUAAUGAGGCUUGUGCCUUCUAACAAUUUCCAAUAGAUCAAAUUUUUUCUGAGUAGAAUUAUGUGCCAAUUUUUCCACCUUCAACCAUUCGAUAAUCUCCCCUUUUCUUGAUUGAGUGUUCGGCACCUUUUCGAGGAUUAUCGAGUGAUAACUCGAAGUGUCCAUAACGAUGACGCAACUCUCUUCUAAGAGCUGGAGCAUAUUGGUAAACCAUUCUUUGAAACGAUCUCCGUCCAUUUCGUCAUGAUAAUCACCAUUUUUUUUUGCUCGAAAAACCAACUUUGCGCCUGCUACAAAUCCAAAAUUUACAGAUCCCACGUGGGCUAGGAUGAUCCUGCCUCUUUUUCCCGUGGGCACCACUAAACCUUUGUUUCCAUCAGCGUCUUCCCAGACAUAAUUUGGUGAAUGAUUCUUGUUCACCCAGGCUUCAUCUAAAUGUACAACCGGCCGAGAAUCCUUCUCAGAUCGAAGUUUGUGCAUUUUCUGGAGGAAAACGUUCCGCAUGGCCACAAUAUCACUUCCCUCCAUCAAAUAUUUUCUUCCGUCAUUGCCUUUCUUGUACUUGAAGCCGAUACUUUUCAGUAUUUGAAAAACAGACGCAACGGAUCCUUCAAAGUCUAUUUUCUCCGUAAGUGAUGCACGUACUUUCCUUACCGUUGGGUACAUGCGAUUGUCAUAAAAUUCAAACAGAAUCCUUCUCAAGAGAUCCAAAUUGAAAUUGUGCCAGCCAGUGAUUUUCUUCACCCUAACACGCUUAUAAUUUGGUGAAGAAAAUGAAGGCUCUUCAUCUUCUGCUGGUUUGGAUAUCUUGGCUUCUGCACAAAUCUUUUUCAUAUUUGUUAAAGGUGUGUUGCAAGCUUCUGCAGCUGCCUCUUGGGGGGCUUUUGCGAAAAGAAUACUUGGGUCUUUUAGCACUGCCAGGAUGCACAAAUAAACAUGAUACAUAACUUUUUUACUCUGAGCUCGAGUGUAUUUACCCAUCUUCCAUCCUCUAUUCUCAGAAGCCUGUCACACCGAUGAUGGUUAGUCAAAAAUAUUAAUUAUUAACACUCACAAUGAUUCACUAUUAUUAAGAGCACUGGAAACACACAUGACCUUUCAGGAUAGCUUAUUUUAGAGUAACUGAUGAGCAGACUUGAAACCACGAGAUUCGGAUAUAAUUGGCACGGGUCAAAGUGUGGUGGACACAAAGAGUUGGAUUUCCCAAGUUUCCAAGGAUCAAUUCCCAGGUAUUUGUGGAGGAGGGGACACAGAAUCGUAGUAAAUCGGAGUAAAGAAUCGAUUAUGAAGGUGCUCGUUGCGAACACCCUGUACAUCGAUGACUUUCCACAGGUUUAAAUGGCCGAUCAAUGGAUAUAUCGCAAAGCAUGCCACACCACUGCUUAUGUUAUUACCGCAGAAUCGCAUGGACACAGUAUGGAACAAUUUUUUAAAAUUAUUUAAUUUCAUCGAACCAAAUUGCGGCCAACCAUAAAUGCCGUAGAUUGGGUAAAAAUUCUGAUAAUCGGAUGGAAUUUUAAUCCGUUUUUAUCAAAAUUUCCCGCCAGACCUAAAUUUUCAGGCUAAAAGUUGGCGAGAAAAAAAUUUGAGUCCGGGUACCAGGGCUCAUUAAGCAGGGAUGAAGGGUUCCCAAAUCGCAGUCAACCACAAAUGCUAUAUAUCGGUUAAAAAUUAAGAUAAUCGGAUAGAAUUUUAGUCUGUUUUCAUCAAAAUAUCCUGCUGGACCUGAAUUUUCAUGCUAAUAGUUGACUUUUUCAACGAGAAAGAAAACUGGGUCCGGGUAUGAGGAAUGAAGGGUGCCCAUUGUUCCUACCCUUACAAUGGACGGGUUGCCGGCCUCUCAUUACGGAACAAAAGAGGGUGGCCGGCAAGCAGUCAGGUCACCGCGUUCAGUUUUAAUGCAGUCAGGUCACCGCGUUCAGUUUUAAUGCAGUCAGGUCACCGCGUUCAGUUUUAAUGCUGUCAGGGUUAAUGCCGAAUAAAAAGUCUCAGGUUUCGUGAAGUGUACUAUAGAAGUAUGUAUAAUUGGUGAGAGAUAUUACCCAAGCCUAUGGUUUAUUCAUAAAAUGUUAUAAUUGAUGGAUGAAUCAAGUGAUAGAAAAAAUUCAUACGGUCCAAUGGCAUGAAGAUAAAUUGUAUAUCAAAGCUUAGAAUUUAAUUCACAAGCUUUUCACCGAACGGAAAUUUAAAUUUGUCUCAAUAUCAUUGUCUUAUCUUUUCAUCCUUCAACACAUAUUUCAGUAUAGUCGUAUUUUAUUCGGAGGCAACACUCGCAACAUGUUGGGAAAACAAGCAACAACUGCAUUUUGUUCGAAGUUGUUUUGUGUUGUGGGGGCAGGGCUAUUUCCGCGCGCAAUAUUUGGGAACUCCUAAAGCAACAUUGUUGUACAACAACUGCAACGUGCUGAGAGACAAGUCGUAUUUAUGCUGUUGCCUAAGACAAUGCUGUUUUCUAACCUAAAAUUGAAAUUCGCUUUCUCAUUGGUUGUUCAGAAUCAUGCAAAAGAAACAAGAAAUAAAACUGAAACAAUUUGUUGUUUCGAACAAAAUACGACUUUUAAUUCUCCUUGAGCUUGAAGGAAAAUUAUGCUCCGAAUCAUUGUAUGAUGAGAAUGUUUAAUUAUGAUCGCUGAGUUUCUGAUGGCUGUGCCAUCAAUUGUGUAUACUUUGAUGAUAAAAAAUCAAAGAGCUUUCUUGUUAAUAUAAUCAUGUUGCCAUCAUUGGAAGGUUCUGUUUGGACUUCUGUGAACAACCAGACGUUCUCUGCAGAGUAAAUUUCCAACUGAUGUUAUUCAGUCUAACUUAUAUUUUUUAAAAAUGUAUCUCUCUUUUAAAGACAUACACAACAUGGUAUGGAAAAAACUUAUCAUGCUUGAGAAUGACGUACAGAACCGAGCUGAAUUUCUGAUGCUCAGUCCGUACCUAUUUUGCAUCUACAUUCUCUUGCAAAGUCUUGAAUUUUAAAGGCAUGAAUUUAAAGAUACAUUGUUUUCUUUUGUUCUUUUCCUCAUGUCAAAAUAGAGGUGUCUGAAGGCAUUUUACAGUUAAAAUCAAAAUUGUUUCAAUUCAUGCUAAUUUCUCUCAGUUUUACUUGAAUUACUCUUGAAAACAACCUCCCCGUAAGUAGUUAUGCAUUUAAAAAUUCUGAUAUCUUCCUACCUAAAAGUAAAACCAUUUACUUGGAAGAAUUAAUUUUCCUACCUGCACAAUUUCUUAAUGAGUACUUUUUUUUUUUGAGUAUUUUGACUUCAAACUUUGUUAAUCCACUUUUUAGAUGAGCAUCUACCUUUUGGGGUCUUACUUUUGGAAAAUACCCUAGCAGAAAAAAAAAUUGACUUAAAUCGUAACAAUACUCUUAUACAUCAAAACAAUAUCCGCACUGACCAUGCUAAUUGUAUCCUAAUUUUCAGUCUAUCAUUCAUUCAGAAUAAAGUAACAUAUCGUCUACGAGAAUAUAGUUAUUUAAUGUUCUAUGAUGCGAUCAAAUCUACUUGAAGAGUUUUUUGAGCAUUUUCAUACAAAAGGAAAAUGCAUUCUUAAUGUGGACGCUAAUUCUUUCUUGUAGGUGAAACAUGCAUGAAUUUGUCCAUGCGGCGCAUUUUUUUUGGUUGUAUAUCUUUUGUUUUUAAUUUUAUUUAUUUCAAAUCCAUUGAUAAUCGAAUGCCAUAUGGACCAAUAAGGAGUAAGUUUUAUUUUAGACAUCCAAUCAGUGAAUCAUUUUUUUUUUUGGCGAGAUAGCCUACAAUUUUCUGCAUAGCAAGGAGUUUGAACAAGUCAUUUUUACCAUUAUCUUUAGGUAAUUUGUUAGUAUUAACAAUGAAAGCAUUAUUUUUGAUACAUGUUAUUGAAUUUUAAUAAACUUAGGAAAAAUGCAAGGCUCAAAUGGCAAGGGUAAUUUCUUUGUGCGUUUUAAAGUUCAUCAUUAAGGCUACCAUAGAAAAUGACAAAGAAUCAAGUCAAUAAAUGGUUGUCCAACA